AAGUUGAUUUAAAUUGAAUGUGGAAUUUUGGAUUGAUGAUACUAAGAUGGGAAUACAAGGGUUAUUACCGGUUUUGCGACCAAUAUCUGAAGCUAUUCAUAUUCAAAAAUUUGCCAAUAAAAGAGUGGGUAUAGAUGGAUAUAGUUGGUUGCACAAGGGUGCUUUUGGAUGUGCCUUAGAACUAUGUACUGGAGUAUCUACUUCCAGAUAUUUGGAUUAUUUCAUAGAAAGGAUAAAGAUGUUACUCUAUUACAAUGUGGUUCCUGUAGUCGUAUUCGAUGGUGCUAGGUUACCCGUGAAAAGUGAAACCGAAGCCAUAAGAAGAGAAUCUAGGGAAAUGUAUUUAGAAAAAGGGAAAAAGUUAAUGAAAGAAAAGAAAUGGACUCAUGCCGUAGAGUGUUUUCAAAGAGCUGUAAAUAUUACUCCUAUCAUGGCACAUCAAGUGUCGCAGGUUUUGAUAGAAAUGGGAAUCGCAGUUACCGUUGCUCCUUAUGAGGCAGAUGCACAACUGGCCUGGCUUUGUUUUCAAAAUGAAGUGGAUGCAGUGAUUACAGAAGAUUCUGACUUGAUUGCCUAUGGAGUGAAUCGAAUCAUAUAUAAAAUGGGUCGUUCGGGAGAUGGAUUUCUUAUUUCUCGUAAAAACUUGGGUGCUCUUGAAGGACUCGCAUUGUCCUAUUUUACACAAGAUAUGUUGCAAUUGAUGAGUAUCAUUGCAGGAUGUGACUUCUUUCCGGGAAUUCGAGGAUUGGGAAUCAAAAAGGCACAUGAAAUUGUAAAACGUUACCACACAUUGGAUCGAGUAUUUUGGUUCCUCAAGAAUAAUCCAAAGUUUCAAGUUGAACAAGAUGAUAGGGAAAGAAUGGCCAAAGCACUGAUGACUUUCAAGUAUCAACGAGUAUACGACCAUCGUCAUCAGAAACUUGUAUUUCUCACUCAACUUCGUGAGAAUGAUCCUUUAGUGCAUUCGAUGAUGAAAGUGGAUGCCAAUCUCGAAUUUCUAGGACCUCUCAUUCCGGAUGAUAUAGUACAAGGAAUUGCACAGGGAAGACUGCAUCCUUGUACUUGGGAAUGUAUUAUAGAUCAUUCACAAAGUAACAAAUCUGCUUGUUUGGAUGAACAAACAACUGUCAAGUCUCCCACAAAACAACGUGGCAUAGUUGUUAGGAAAGACAAAAGCCCAUCGGUGACAAGUCAACCUACUAGCAAAACCAAUUGCUGCCCUCGCAUUCGUAUAUUGGAUUUUUUCCAAAAGCCUAAAACUUCAAGAAAUCUUACUAGCAUUGUCUCGUCUCCGUGGCUGAAUGUGAUACGGGGUAAACGGAAAGAGGUCAAGGAAAGUAUGAUUGAUUCAGACUGCAAUAGCUCUCUAAAAAAGUGUAAAAGGGAGAGUUUAGAAAAAGGAAUCUUGCAACCCAACCAAAAUAUAAUCAAUCGGCUCAGUGAGAAAGAUAACGGAAACCUUGAUCACUUCCGUUAUCAGCCAUCUCAAGAUGGAACUUCCAUUCCUUGUAGUAGGAAAUGAGGGCGUUGGGUUUUGUGCAAGUGAAUUUAAACUUCCGUCAUAGUUUCCAUGUAUACCAUAAAACUAGUUUUACUCCAUUCCACUUUUUAUUUACUCACGUUGACUUGAGGCAUAAAUGUUUAGAAACUUUU